ACAAGAUGGCGGAGAGUGCGGAACUAAAGCAAAUGGUCAUGAGCCUGCGGGUGUCAGAGCUGCAGGUUCUUUUGGGCUACGCUGGCAAAAACAAACAUGGACGAAAGCACGAGCUCUUGACGAAAGCCUUACACCUUCUUAAAACUGGCUGCAGCCCCGCUGUCCUGAUGAAGAUCAAGGAACUCUACAGACGGCGCUUCCCCACCAAGCUGGUGUCCCCUGCGGAGCUAGCCCUGCCCGGAGUCCACCCCGCUGCGGCCUCCCUGCCCUCUGGUCUCACUCAUUUGCGCUUUGAUGGGCAUGGAGCACCUCCUUCCCCUCUUCUCCCCAUUUCCCUCCUCGGGCCCAAACAUGAGCUGGGCCUGCCCCACCUCCCUACCAACCUGCAUCCCGUACACCCUGAUGUAAAACUGCAGCGGCUGCCAUUUUACGACAUGAUGGAUGAGCUAAUUAAACCAACAAGUCUCGCUUCAGAUAACAGCCAGAGGUUUCAGGAAACGUGUUUUGCAUUUGCAUUGACGCCACAGCAGGUCCAACAAGUCAGCAGCUCAAUGGACAUAUCAGGGACCAAAUGUGACUUUACAGUGCAAGUACAGUUACGGUUUUGUCUAUCAGAGACGAGCUGCCCUCAGCAGGACCACUUUCCCCCUAAUCUCUGUGUUAAAGUCAACGGGAAACCAUGUAAUCUCCCAGGAUAUCUCCCUCCUACCAAAAAUGGCGUGGAACCAAAGAGGCCCAGCAGACCUAUCAACAUUACCUCACUGGUCAGACUGUCCACAACAGUCCCCAACACCAUUGUAGUGUCCUGGACCUCGGAAAUUGGACGGAGUUACUCUAUGGCUGUGUACCUGGUCAAGCAGCUUUCGUCUACAGUGCUGCUGCAGAGACUACGGGCCAAAGGCAUCAGAAACCCAGAUCACUCUCGAGCACUCAUAAAGGAAAAGUUAACAGCAGACCCUGACAGUGAAAUCGCAACCACCAGUCUUAGAGUUUCAUUAUUAUGUCCGCUGGGAAAGAUGCGGCUGAUGAUUCCGUGUCGGGCGUUGACGUGUUCGCACCUGCAGUGUUUCGAUGCUACGCUCUACAUCCAAAUGAACGAAAAGAAGCCCACAUGGGUGUGUCCUGUCUGUGACAAGAAAGCACCCUAUGAACACCUCAUCAUUGACGGGAUGUUUAUGGAGAUUCUGAACAGCUGUUUAGAUUGUGAUGAAAUCCAAUUCAAAGAGGAUGGCAGCUGGGCCCCCAUGAGGUCAAAAAAGGAAGUGCAGGAAGUGCCUGCUUCAUACAAUGGCAUAGAUGGUGGGUGUCGCACAGUGUUGCUGGAGCAGAACUCUCAAACAAAUGGCAGCAGUGGAGGCAGCAGCAAAAAUGUGGAGGUGAUCGAUUUGACACUUGACAGCUCAUCUGAAGAUGAGGAGGAUGAAGAGCCUCUUCAGAAACUAAGUUGCCCCUCGCUGUCCAGCAUCUCUCCUCAGAUCGAUAAAGGAGUGCUAAAUCUGCAUAGACAAGCAUCACCUAUAAGUCGAACUCCAAGCAUGCCUCAAGUGGACACCAAUUACAUUCCCCUACCUCCCCCCCUAAUUCAGGACUACCGCCACUACUACAGUACACCCACCGACCUGUCAGAUAUCAACUUUUUCCCUUUUUUACAAGGGGAGAAUCAUCAGCACUACAACAUGGUGAUGGCAGCGGCUGCAUCAGCAUCUGAAGAUCACGAGCUCCUCCUGAGUCGUUUUCUGCCAUACGGCUCGUCUCAGCUGUACCUGGACCCUCCUUCCACCCCCGUCAGCAGCACCCUCCCUCCCAUUAACGUUAACGGCAGCAAUGGCAGCAGCCUGGUCUCCUCCAGCAGCCUACGUGAAAACCUCGGACACCCGCCCACCCCAAGGUCCACAUCUGAAACAACCCCAACAUCUGCCAUCUACGGCCCCAUCCCAGACGUCAUAUCAUUAGACUGACCCAGGACCAGACACUCACAUAGAAAUAGACUGAAGAGACUUUCAAACAUUGGGGUAAAAAAAGGGGGGCAUACAGGAUGACUGAAGGGUGUUUUUGUAAACGAUGAUAAUCGUUGCCGUGUACAGAGAACAAAUAUAUUUUUUGUUUGACUUUUGUGUAUACUUAUCUAUCUAGCUAUCUAAUGUAUUUGUAAACUUGAAAGAGUUGUUUUCCCGGCUUGCUAAGUUAGUUUUGGAUUUAUCUCCUUGGAAAAUGAAGAUAUUUUUCCCUCAUAGCUCUGUUUCAACCCCUUUAAUAAAAUAUGAACACCUUUUAUAUCCCUUCCCUUCCCUGCCAUAUUCUGUAUUCUUCGAUAUUAUGUCUGUUUCCACAUGGCACAAUGGCUAUGAUUGGACUGCCUACCUAACUCUUGAUUCUUUUUUCUUCCCAGUAAAACUUGCCAAUCCAUACCACAUUGACCAUCCAUAACUGAUGGCAGCAUGUUCCUUCAAACAUGUAGGAUUAUCUUACAGUAUACAAUUGCUUUAAUUUAUGUGAGGUAGAUGGGCCAUUAAGAAGCAUUCCUUCACCUUCAGGCUACCAACUGGAAGUAGAAGCAUUAUUACGCCAAUAUGUGACCUCAUUAUUCUUACGUGAAAUGUAAUAUGACUUUUUGUUUUAAAACGCAUCCACUUUGUUCCUAUUUUUCUUGCUCGAUGCCAAAAGAACACUGUUUAGUGUUGAAGUUUCUAGAGUGAGAGCUUGUGAGUUCAGUGAACUUAAACAUACACCAUAUGUCAAAUUUUCUCUUUCUUUGUGGCUCCCAUGCUUGAUUGUUCUUUCCUUCCUUCACUCCUUCCCUCCUCCCUUCCUUACAUUUUUGAGGAAGAAUGAAUUAUUUGGAGGUUCAACAGUGGCUUAGAUGACGAGAAGACUGUGGUAUCUUUGGUGUUGGCGUGUAUCAUAUGUUUGUUUGAACUCAUAGAGGGACAGGUCUGUCUCAGAGUGUCUUUACUGUCAUAGGAGUUCACAGUAUUCUCCAGCCCCAUUUAAUUUCCUAUUCAGUCGUUGUUUAUUGAGUCAUCUGUGUUUGAUACUGUGCGUAUAAUCUCAGACUGAGAAAUCCUAAAGCCACUCUUCAUUUCUUCUGCCGUUUUGUCACGUGUGCCUUGUUUGUAAGUGUAAGGAUAUUUUAUGUGUGUGAAAGACUCGACCUGUAUUUUCUUGUACUUAGCCAUGAGAUAUGGAGGAAGACUGUUUGUAAACAAAUAAUUCAGAUGCUGCUUGGGGCUGAGAAAGAUCAGUUAUGUUCAUGUAAGCCUAUCUUAUUGUGUUGUGUGCGUGUGUGUGCGUGUGUGUGCGUGUGUGUGUGCGUGUGUGUGCGUGUGUGUGCGCGCGUGUGUGUGUGUGUGUUUAGCACUAAGCCUUUGCUGCUGUGGCCCUCUCAAGCUCUCUGAGUCUGUGUGCUGACCAGAUCUCCUUUCAAAGUCUAAUUAGGUUUGUGACUGGGGUAAGUGCGUGUGACAGAAUCUAGUUAUCAAGCUUUACAUAGUUUGAUAGACUGAUGAGUCUCACUCUGUUUGCAUUGCCCUCUAAACCUCCUUUUAAUCCACAUUUCUUUUCAAAGUAUUCAAUAUUCUCAGUGUGUUUAUCAGUUGAUUGUCUUUGGCUGUGAAAUUGGUUUGAAAUUUAAUUGGUUUAUUAAUACAAAAGUUAUGGAGGCAAAAAUAUGGAUGCUGAUAUUGCAAAAUGCUUUUUACCAAACUGACUAUUUGUUAGGUCUCUACCAGUGUUAAUGGUUUUAUAUUAUAAAAAGUAAAUAUUAAAAUUUAGUUCAAUGUGUCUGUUUGAUAUGACAUUAUGUUAUUGACAGAGUUUGUUACUAAAGACAUACAAGCUGGAUUCAAUGGCAUAAACAGAAUGCAAGUUUUUAUUAAUUUGUCAAUUUUGGUAAUGAUCGAUAAAGGGAAAAGUUGUGUGUGUGUGAAUGUAUGCAAGUAUGUGUGCAUGUUUUUGUUUUUGAUGUAAGGCAAACAUUGUGCAAACUUGGAUGUUCCAGUGAUGUGCAUUUAUGUGUUCAAGUGGGAUCUGCAACAUCUGAACAAACUAAUUUAUAUAUUUUAGAUGCUGAACUGUGCUCUGAGUGGACUUGGUGUUGAAAUCCAAGUUUAUUUUAUUUACCAUUUCAUUAAGCAGACAUCUAUGCUCACUGCCUUAAAAUUCAUCCAGUCUGUUUCUAUGUGGCAUGUUUUAUGGAGAAAAAAAAAAGAAAAAAAAAAAAGAUUUUUAAAAUGUGGAAGACAUAUUGUACAGUAGACCAAUGUCAGUUUGUAUAAAGUACUACGUGAAAAUAUUUAUUACAUGCAUUGAAAGAAAUUGUUUACCUAUUAAAUGUUACAUGUUUAUGUAGAGACAUUUAGAUGUAAUAAAAUGCAUUGAG